AAUCUUAAAUACUUAUCAAGUCUUUUCUUGAUUCUUAAAUACUUAUAAAAUCUUUUCUUGAUUCAAACGCAACAAUUUCUUCAUCCCCAUCUCUAUCAUAUGAAUCACCAAUCACUAUUGAUGACUUUGUUUAAUAUGAUCUUCCAAUUCAACAACAAAAUUCAUCAUCAUCAACAACAUGGCUUAACAAAACAAAAUUUCCCCUUUCAUCUACCUAAACAACUAGCCCUUGUUUCAUCUUCAAGACGAUGAACGACGCAACCGAUUCAUCUGGAUUCUUUGGUUCACAUUACAUAAGUAUUGGAAUUUCAAUUGGGAUUCUUUUACUCAUCACAACAAUCACACUCACAUUCUACAUUUGCACAAGAUCAAUAAAUGAUUUGGGAUUAGAUGAAGAAACAAUUAUGAGCUAUUCAAGGAUGUUAUAUUCUGAAGUGAAGCUUAAGAAAAAUGAUUCAACAUCAACAUGUUGUUCUAUAUGUUUAGGUGAUUAUAAAGGAAGUGAUAUGCUUAAGGUUUUACCAGAUUGUGAACAUUUGUUUCAUCUUAAGUGUAUUGAAACUUGGUUAAGGAUGCAUCCUACUUGUCCUCUUUGUAGAACUUCUCUAAUUCCAACACCUUUGGCUGAAGUUGUUCCAUUAGCAACAAGAAGAGAUUCAUCAUAUAUAGAUAGGAAAGCUAACUAUGAUGUUGAGGUUAAAGGAGUUCAAAUAACUCCUGAUCCAAUUGCAAGAGGCCACCCUGCAACAUUCACCAUUUCUGCAACUACAAGUCAAGCCUUAUCAGAAGGGAAACUCUCGAUUGAUGUUUCGUAUUUUGGUUGGCAUGUAUAUAGUGAGACCCAUGACCUUUGUGGAGAAUCAUCUUGCCCUAUUUCGGUUGGUGAUUUUGUGAUUGCUCAUUCACAACUUUUACCUGGUUUCACCCCACCUGGUUCAUACUCUUUGAAGAUGAAGCUGUUUGAUGGAAACAAGAAUGAGUUGACUUGCAUUACAUUUGGUUUUGAUAUUGGGUUUGGUGACCCUGUGGCUGAUAGUUAAUUGCAAUUGCUCCUUCAUAUCUAUGUUUAGAUGCAUAUAAAUUAGUUUUAUAAACUUAAAAGUACCUUUAGAAUGUUGAGUUCCUUGUAUUAUAAUCCAGCAUGACCAAUAUGUGGAUUAAGAAUCAUAAAUAAUGUUAUGUACUUGCUGAGAUUACAAAAUACAAACUACAUGCUUCUUUGUUUA